UUUAGAGCGGAAGAGUGGAAAACAACUGCAACAUAAUAUCCCUACUGAAGCCUAUAAAAUGAUCUCACUCUGUGAUAACAGACAAUACACUUCAACACCAUCCUUUUCAUUGAGGAUGAUGCAUCAAGUAAUUACAGUCACUGCUGACAGAUCGAUGACUAACGCUGACAACAAUAACUUAGUCUAUAAAACCCUGAUUUCCCUCUGCUGUGUUCUAACAUUUAUGGCAGGCGCUGCAACAAAGUAGUAGCAUAGCAGUCCUUUGUGUUGAACUUACAGCCUAUUUUAUAGGUAUUACAGAGACUCAUUUCAUACAAAGUCUGUUUGUGCACAUCUAAAGGUAAGCUGGCACAAUUCAGUGUAUCAUAUUGUAUCAGUGCAGUUUAUUUAUUGUUGCAUUUUGAUCAGUAAAUUAAAUAAAUUCUUUACUUCCAUAUGCUUUGAUGCAAAUCUUAAGGCUGAGAUAUUGUGCUAAUUAUUUUCACUCUCAUUUUCACUCGGUGCAAAAAAUGUUUCAGGUCAUUUGAGGAAAUCAUCAACCAUGUGGACCGUUGCUCUCGUUCUUUCUUUGGGAAAUAUUCUCAUCACAGGAGAGGCCAGUGAUCAGCAUUCAGAACCCUUCUCUGAAAUUGAACUCUCUGAAACCACCUCCCCUGGUCUUUUAAUACUGGAAAGACAGAAAUCCAACAGCUCAAUACAUCCACCUCAUGUAGCAGGACCAAAAACACCACACCCUCCAAUGUGCUUGGAGUCAGCUGGAAUCAGAGACGCCUUCAAAUAUGUCCAUACUGUGGUGUCUAUUGUUGUUUUUGUUGUUGGAAUAGUGGGCAAUUCAGCCUUACUGAAAAUCAUUUAUGUAAACAAAUGUAUGAGAAGUGGACCAAACAUUCUCAUUGCCAGUCUUGCUUUAGGGGAUCUAAUCCACAUUGUGAUAGACAUUCCAAUCAAUGCAUACAGGCUCAUGGCAGAAGAUUGGCCAUUUGGCUUGGUGCUGUGCAAACUCGUCCCCUUCAUACAGAAAACCACAGUUGGGAUUACUGUGUUGAGCUUAUGUGCUUUAAGUGUUGACAGAUACCGAGCUGUAGUAUCCUGGACUCGGAUCAAAGGCAUUGGGAUUCCAGUUUGGACAGCAAUCGAAAUAUCUCUGAUAUGGGUUAUUUCCAUCCUGUUGGCUGUCCCUGAAGUUGUCGGCUUUGAUAUGAUAACAAUGGACUAUAAAGACAAGCAUCUGAGAAUUUGUCUGCUUCAUCCCAUGCAAACCACACCGUUCAUGCAGUUUUAUAAAUCAGUAAAGGACUGGUGGCUCUUUGGCUUCUACUUUUGCAUGCCAUUGGCUUGGACUGCUGUCUUCUACACACUCAUGACCAGGAAAAUGCUAAGGAAUACUGACAAUACAAUAAGCGAUCACACCAAGCAGAGACGAGAAGUUGCGAAAACUGUCUUCUGCCUGGUGAUUGUGUUUGCACUUUGCUGGUUGCCUCUAUACCUAAGUAGAAUCUUGAAAUUAACCAUAUACGAUGAGAAAGAUCCUAAUAGGUGUCAACUACUGAGUGUCUUUCUUGUCAUGGACUAUUUUGGCAUUAAUAUGGCAUCACUCAACUCGUGCAUCAACCCUAUUGCAUUGUACACAGUCAGCAAGAGAUUUAAAGGAUGUUUCAAGGCAUGUCUGUGCCAUCGGUGUCUACCUCUUCAAGCUGUUCCCCAUGACGAUGCGCAGUCUGUUUUAAAGUCCAGAACGCAGGAUCAAGCCUCAUAGCAGAGUUGCAACUUCAAAGCCCACAAGCAGACUUCCACCCCCCUACCUGAGCAGGAGAACACCUUAAUUACUGUGUAACAAAACUCAGUGAAACUACAUUGUGAAUGCUUUGGUAUAUGUUUAUUAAAUAUAUAUAUAUAUAUAUAUAUAUAUGGCUAUCAAAGCAGCUACCAGCUGUAGCUAUAUCGGUAGCUCAGUAACCUUGACGUGCCACUUAAUACUACAACAUACUUUGUGAAUUAAAUGCAGCACUAUCUUUUGUACUGUUGUUGUCAGUUGAACAUCUGCUUUAGUAUGAGCAACCUAGAGUCAGACUGUUCUGACUCUUUGCCUCCAGGGCUUGACUCACUCCCAACCAUUACAUCAGAUUUUACCUAGUACCUAUCCUGUAUCAUGCAUGCAGUUCUCAAAUCACUGUUUUGGGCACGAUGUUAACCUGGCACCCAUCCACAGAAAUCUUGUCACGGCUUACUGCCUGCAUAUGUAUUAUUUUGAUUUGGUUUCUGGAUUCUGAAAAGACACUGUGCCAUAAGAAAUCAAACAAAUUGGAAUAAAAAAUUACUACGGUAUGUUGUAUGGGCUGCGGUGUAUUAUUAGCAGAUAAAUGUUUUUUUUUUUUUUUAAAUCUAUGUCGUUUCCCCAUACACAAAGAGUUUGUGGUGUUCCUUUUUGCUCUUGAACCUUGAGAAACAUAUCAAAUUGGUGCCACAAGUAGAUUCUGUCUCUGCCAAUGAAUGACUGAUUGAUGGUGGCCUAUUUUUAAUGCAUUGUUAAAUGUGUAAUGCAUGGAGACACUUUAUAAAAGACCUGAGAGUGGGGAAGAAGGAAAACGAAGAUGACAGAAUGAGG